GCGGUAGCGGAUCCGGAUCCGGACCCGGAAGCGGAUGCUGCCCUGCUAAGAUCUCGGACCUUGAUUAGCAGCAAAGUACCCCAGAUCCCAACCCUGACGAUUUAAAGCUCCAUCCGAAACCUCCCUGACUCCAUCAUCGAAAGUCCCCGGUUAUCCCCACAACGCUUUACCAGAGUGCUAGGCAGCCAUGUCAUCCUUCAAGUUUCCCUCGAAUGCAGACACCGAGGAAUAUGCCCGGAGCCUCGAUGCCGAAGAUCCUCUGCGCUCUUUUCGCGACAAAUUCAUUAUCCCCUCAAAAGAGAGCUUGAAAAGCAAAUCUCUGGCAAAGCCUGACGUGUCGUCCGAGCGGGGCAUCUAUUUUUGCGGCAACUCUCUCGGCUUGCAGCCAAAAGCAACUGCAAAGUACCUUGAAGCUCAGCUGAACACCUGGUCUUCGAUUGCCGUGGGCGGCCAUUUCGUCGAGCUAGAAGAUUCUCCGUUGAAGCCAUGGCAACUGAUGGCCGAAACUGCCGCAGAGAAGGCAUCAAAAAUCGUUGGCGCUCUUCCUGAAGAGGUGGCCGUCAUGAAUACGCUGACGGUGAACCUCCACUUGCUAAUGGCAAGCUUUUACCUACCUACGGCAUCCAAAAAUAAAAUCCUUCUCGAGCGCAAGGCAUUCCCAAGCGAUCACUAUGCAAUCGAAUCUCAGAUUCAAAUGCAUGGUUUUGACCCCAAGGAAAGCAUGAUCCUGCUUGAACCGGAUAAUGAUCAUCUCAUCUCGACGGAAAAGAUUCUGUCGACCAUUGACCAACAUGCAGAUGAGAUAGCUCUUGUGCUUCUGCCAGGCAUCCAGUACUAUAGCGGCCAGUUUCUUGAUAUACCAACCAUCACCAAGCACGCUCAUUCCAAGGGCUUGACUAUUGGAUGGGAUCUGGCGCAUGCGGCAGGAAACGUGCCCUUGAAGCUCCACGACUGGGAUGUCGAUUUCGCGGCCUGGUGUACUUACAAGUACAUGAACUCCGGACCCGGAGGUAUCGGUGGUGCUUUCAUCCACGAGAAACAUGGAAGUGUAGACUUCAAGGAUGGCAAGCCCACCUUCAGGCCCCGUCUUACCGGCUGGUACGGAGGGGAUCGGUCGGUGCGCUUCAAGAUGGAUAACAAUUUCCUUCCGAUUCGGGGAGCGGGAGGCUUCCAAGUCUCGAAUCCCUCGGCCAUCGACCUAACUUCGCUAAGCGCGUCGUUGUCUGUGUUCGACGAGACAUCCAUCUCAGAACUGCGCGAGAAGUCGUUGCAUCUGACAGGCUAUCUCCAGCACCUUCUUCUCAAAGACACUUCUGCAGAUGACUCCGAGCGGCCUUUCCGUAUCAUCACACCGCUGGAUCCAACUAAACGCGGUGCUCAACUGAGUCUUCUUUUGAAACCGGGAUUGCUUGCUUCGGUCGCAAACGCCUUGUCUGAACAGGCGGUCAUUGUGGAUAAGCGCGAGCCGGGAGUGGUCAGAGUUGCUCCUGCGCCGCUGUACAAUACCUUCCAUGAGGUUUGGAGUUUUGUGAGGAUCUUCAAGGGCGCGCUCGGUCUUUAGGCAUUGAUGAUGGAAGGGACAGUUUGAUUGAGGUAUAGUUUGACGUUAAGUGGAAGGGAACCGAGCGAAAGGAAUGGGGACAGCUAUAGUAACUCGAUCAAUAGGAAUAGCAGUAGACAGUAAUGACAUUAAUGCCGUAGGUUAAUGGAUAUUGGAUGGGUUGUUGUGUUGUUGAGCUGCGGAGCUGCCGACGGCAUCGUCU